AUGCCGGGAUGGGAGCUUGGUUUCUGCCCGCCGUGGCUUGCUCUGGUUCUACUAGUGCUGCUCAGGGGGCCGGCUCCAGCUGCGGCACAGCGGCAUUCCAGGGCGUCCCCCUGGCGGACCCUGACAGGUGCUUGUUGUUUUCCUCAGUCGGAUUGACUUCAUUACCUGUGGUAAUCCAGCAUUUGGCUCUUUUUUUUCGAACUCGUUUGGCCGAGGGGAUGGGUCGAGGGGCUUGGACUGCGUAAUGGAGCAGGUGAUGGUCGAUGUUCGAAUGCGAGACUCCGAAUCAUGCGAUUGGCGAGAACACAGCAUUUGAGGCGCGAGUGAUCACCUACUGUGGAUAUUACAUUUCCGAUCAGCAUCCAUUUUAUGCUAAUCGAGAAAACUACUGAUUAAAUUAACAGACAUGUUGGUGUCGGUCUCAGUUUAAGAUUACAUUAGACAUUUCGCCGGAGGGCUCUCUAGGCUUCGAUUGCGGCAGUUGUUUUCCUUUUUUAGUUGGUGAUUUUACGGUGUUCUAGCAGGCAGCAUCCACUAUUUCUCUCUUAAUUUGGAACUGAGAAGUCUUAAACUGAACAGAUUGUGCAUCAAGAGCAGGCAACUCUCUGUGAAUUCCGAUUACUACAAUCUUAAGUUAAUGAAUUACUUUUAUGUCGAUGACGGUCGAAAGAAUCUUCCCUUCUAUGAGAAGAGUGGAGGGCUAUUCAUCCUUGCCACAUGAGGAUGCUACUUUUCUGCCUUGGGCGACUGAUAUGAAGAUUUUAUCUUCUCGUGGCCUGUUUCUAUACGUAUCUAGUUAUGUUGUUCGGCUUUAAUUUCCUUGUAGAAAUGUCAAAAUAAUUAAUUUUCUUACGCUGAGUCCAUGAUCACCACAGUAAUUCUUGUUGGAACUUCGCAUGUGCUUUCUUGUGCUCACCUUGUGAAGGAACCCAGGUUAUAGUCUGCUAUGGGCGAAAGUUGAUUUAGAAUUAAUUGCUGCGUAAAAUAUGAAAUUGGCUUUGUUUUUAUUCGAGUAGAAUAAGGCUUCUGUUCUGAUAAAACGCCGAGGGAAAGGAGAUGCUGUUUCUACUUGAAAGCAGUACCCGAGAGGUUGGAGGAAUACAUUUAUUCCAGUGACACGAAAAGACGUUGUGGCGCUCUGAAAGUAGACUGCUUGCCAUCACGCACUGUUUUUGUGAUAAAGAUCAUUGCAGCAGUUCAUUGCGUGAAAGUUCACCUCUGGGCCCUAAAGUUCACCUCUGGGCCCUAGAGUUCUUGUCAAUCUUACAAAAGGAUGGACGGAAAGGUUGUCAUGCGAGUGGGUUGAAACAUGUCACAUGUUCAAUUAUCUCUUUUGAAUUGUGGCUUUCCUCAAAUUUUAAAAAUGUCCAAGAUAGAGAAAAGUUAUGGACACCAUAAUCAAGUGAGAACAGAACUCAGGAUAUACAUAUAUUUAACUUUCACGAUGGUCUGUUUUGCCAUAGCUUCACCUGUUUAUAAUCUUACAUUUUCAAUUUCAAAUUAUUGUUGUUUUUUCGUUGGCGUGAUUUUAUUCUUCAAGUUUUAUCAUAUGCCGAACUAAUGAAGAUCUCCACAAUAUGGCAGGUGAUGAACCUCUAGUAGUAGCCAGAGGUGGAAUUUCAGGGUUAUUUCCCUAUUCUAGUGAGGCUGCAUAUUCUAUUGCUAAGACAGACAGCCUAUCCAGUACAUUACUUUGGUGUGAUGUGCAUUUGACGAAGGAUAAUGUUGGGAUCUGCCUACCGGACAUCAAGAUGGAUAAUUGUACAGAUAUUUCCGCGUUAUACCCUGAUGAGAAGAAAGACCAUCUUUUGAAUAAUGUGCUUGUAUCAGGAUGGUUUCCUGUCGACUAUGACAUGGCCGACUUGACAAAUGUCACUUGUAAGUCAGAAAUUCCUUUUCAAUCUUUUAUAUGACAUUUGAUGAGAGAAAACAGCAGAGCAAUUACGAAAAAGAUUUAGCAACUCUGUGUGUGUGUGUGUGUGUGUGGGAGGAGAGAGAGAGAGAGAGAGAGAGAGAGAGAGAGAGAGAGAGCUGUAUUUCUCUUUUGUUCAUUAAUCUCCUGUAAGUCUAGUUGGUGUGGAUGAAUGGUGCUUCUCCCUCUUGCCCUUGGUAGGGGAUCAUCUUUGACACUAGUGAAGAGAAUAAAUUGACAAAUUAUUUUCACAAGCUGUUUCAGUUUUCUAGCACAAGCACAUGAACUGCUUCCAAUGGCACUCCUGUUGUCUCUUCCUUUCUGUUUUUGCCUGCAGAUGAUGACUUGUGUCCGUUUUCCUUAAUUCUUUUGUUAAUAAAUGUUUGAUGCAACUUAUUCAGCUUCUUUCACUGUAUAAAUAGAUUAAAGGAAGACAUUCUCGCAAAUUAUAUUUUAGUUAAUUAAAAGCAAUAAUAAAACUAACAGACAGGGUGUAACAUUUUUAUUUUGGAUGCUAUUCUUUCUUCUCGAGGAACUAUUAUAGGGCUUCGAAUAGUACAACUGACAAUUUUUUGCCAUCUGUUCAGUACUCCAAGGCAUCUACACUCGAACUGACAGAUUUGACGGACAAUAUGGUAUCUUUUCUGUUGAUGCUCUUUACUCACAAUUUAAGCCACCCCUCUGGCUGAAUGUUCCGGUACCUUUCACUUUCCUCAUCACAUCUUUUUAUUACUCUAUCCACCGAGACCGUUCAUUAAUUGACGUUUUCCACGGAUAAUGAUAACCUCCUCAUGUCUUGCAGUACAAUACAUUCUACAGUCAGCAUAAUUUGAGCAUGAGAAGCUAUCUGCUUUCAGUGACAAGACGCUACAUAAUUGACUAUGUUUCAUCACCAGAAGUGUCUUUCUUGAGCAGUGUACAAGCAAGGCUUAAGAGAAGUAGGACACGGCUUAUUUUUCAGUUUUUGGAAGCAGCUCUUGUUGAACAGUCGACCAACCAAACAUAUGGCUCGUUAGUGAAAAAUAUGACAUUUAUAAAGACAUUUGCGUCUGGAAUUCUCUUACCUAAGAGCUACAUAUGGCCUGUUAGUGCAGAUCUUUAUCUGCUCCCUUACUCUACUAUUGUGUUGGAUGCUCAUAAGGCAGGGCUAGAAGUGUUUGCUUCAGAGUUUGCAAAUGAUAACGUUAUUCCCUAUAACUACAGUUAUGAUCCAGUUGCUGAGUAUAUUUCUUUCACAGACAAUGGAGUUUUCUCUGUUGAUGGAAUUUUAACUGAUUUUCCUAUUACUGCAUCUGCUGCUAUUGGUAAGUUUCCCCCAUCUGUCAACUUGGAGCUUUCAUUGGCUGAUACGCUUUUGUUCAUUUGAUUUCUCUUGCAAUCUGGUUUGCAGUAUUUAUGUAGCAAUACUUGCUAAAGUUCUUGGGUCUUAUGAAGUGGAGACUUUUCUUUAAAAUAGCUCUUGUUGUGCAAGAUGAGUUUUGGGCGUUAUCAUAAAUAGGUGCACAAAAAAUGUUACUGUACCCAUUGGCCUUGAUAUAAAAUAUAAAUAAGAAGAGGAAGAAGAGGAACAGAAAGAAGAAGAAAGAAAGAGGAUGAUCUGAUGCCAUAGAUAAGUGUGCUACGCUGGAUUUUCUUGAGUCUGCGCUAUCCUUUUAAAAGGUUAUUACACUGAGAAAAACGACAAGUAUGCUCCGAUUCAUUAAAACUCAUGUUUGACAUAAAACCGAAAUACAUCAUUAAAGAAUUGAUAUAUGCUCUAGUCCUACCAGUUCUCAGAUUUCUUGCUUGCGUGUAUGACCCUUGUAAUCAGUUAGUAAAGACAUUGGAGCUAUGAGUUUUGAGCUCACUUUAUACGUUUCAUUGUUUUGAUUGGGCUUUUCUCUUGUUUUUUAUUUCCUACACACUGAUCGGAUAUUUUCCUUUUUUGCCCCCCUUAAAUCUUUUUUCUUGCGAGCAACAUAUGAAAAUGUGUUUCUCAUUGUGGUUGAUUGGGCCAUAGCACGAAGAAAGUAUUUUAACCGGCCUAGUGGGAGUUCAAUAAGAAAUUUAAUGGGUAGGCAAGAUCAGGAAGUCCUAGAACUUUUCCGUAAGAAUUGAAUAUUUUACUGGACAAAGUUGGACUGUAGCGGACACCGAAGUUCAUCUUUUACUGUCUUUAAUGCUCUAUGUAACGUGGUAUUUAAGAUUCUCAAAGGUCGUUCAGAACCAUUUUACUUUAUUUAUCGUUUUUCAUGGGCAAAUCAUUGUAGAAUUUGAGUCUAAAUUCUGAUAUAAAUGCUGGCUUUACUUUUCCAGUGAUGUAUGAUUAUGAUUUUCCAGUAAUUCAGAGCUUAGAGUGGGAGAGUUAGGGACCUUUGUUGCCAACUUUAGUUUGAACACGUUUGCACUGCUAUGGUGAUCAUUUAAAUUUGCUCUUCUCCAACUAUCGGAUCUUCCUGUUCAUAUUGUAGAUUCUGUAGUCUUUUGGCCUAUAAAAUAGUAAAUUAUAUCCGGAAUAAUUUUCUUCUUUUUCCAAUAAUGUUACCUCUACAUAUAUUCUAAAUUCACUGAUAUCACACAAAAUAAUGGUUUUCUUCUUGUCUCUGUAGGCUGCUUUUCUCACACCAACAAUAAUUCCAAUCCUGGUAAGGGAAUAGUAGUUGCUUCAGUAUUCUGUUACCACUUUGGUUUGUGGUUCUUAUCAUAGAUUCUGUUACCACUUUUUAUGGGAACUGAAGUCAGUUUAUGUUUCUCUGAAUGGCAGCAAACCUUUCUGUCAUCUCCCAUUACGGAGCAAGUGGAGUGUACCCUGGAUGUACUGAUCUGGCAUAUCAGCAAGCUAUAGCUGAUGGUGCAGAUUAUAUUGACUGCCCUGUUCAAGUUACAAAAGAUGGCAUUCUCGUUUGCAUGAAUUCUAUUGAUCUUUUCUCCGGUACUUCGGUUGUAAGCUCAUCUUUUGGGACCAGAAGGUCCGUUAUCCCAGAAAUUCAGAGUGGACCUGGAGUAUUUACCUUCAAUCUCACAUGGGAAGAUAUUCAAAAACAAUUGAAGCGUAAGUUUUUUCUUGAUUUCUCGAAUUUCCUCAUCUAUGGAUUGAAUGGAGCCUGUGGAUUGAAUGCUAGAUUCUUGUUUAUCUUUUGUUGCCACCCCUACUUAUGUUCAUUGUAUGUCUUCCAAUCACGGACAAUGGAGAAAAUCGGGCACAUUAAUGCUCGCUGUUUUUUUACUUCUAAAACCAGAUUCCCAUACGUUUUGUGAAUUAAUCAUUUUUACUUUGUCAAACUAUAUUGUAGAUGGGCAUUGUGAUAUCAGCAGGCAUGGCCUCCUAGAUUUGGUGGAACACUGUGGCCAUAGACAUUAUUGAACCAUGGGAAAAACCAUGGGAUACAAUGGACGAUAUCAUGGUUUAAUAUAAUUCAGUAAUCAAUGUGAACAAUAAAAAUACUAUUCUCUCAUAUGACAAUCUGAGCUGCACAAUUUAUGCAAUACGCGAAAUAGAUCACACAACUGUGUAGUUGGAGGAAUAAAAGGAUUCCGAAGAAUUUGGUGGAGGAAUCCUGAAGAUGCCAGUCAAAUUGCUUGGUACAAUCAGCAUAGAAAUAUCGUGGUCGUCAUCUUAUUUUUCAUUAUUUAAGUUUUUUUUUUUUUUUGGGGGGGGGGGUGUUGAGGCUGCACACCCUAUUUUCUUUAUAUUUUCCCUCUAAUCAUGCAUUCAAGAAAUGUAUUUUGUACGUUGAACUGUUUUCAUUCUCAUCAAAUUGUGCCGAUCUUAUUUUCAUCAAUGCGUUUAUCAUAAAUGCUGAUUAGACAGCAUGCAGAAAUGUUAUUGACUUUGAUCUUCUAUUCUCUGCUGCAGCGCAAAUAUCAACUCCUGAGAUAAAUUACACGUUGGUGCGAAAUCCAUUAUAUAAAAAUGCUGGAAAUUUCAUAACCUUAGCCGACUUUUUGGCGUUGGCAAAGAAGAGUUCUCUGGUUGGAGUAUUGAUUCGCAUAGAAGUAAGUUCCUGCGCACAACACGUAAUUAUGCAUCUCACAUAUGCCAUACAAGAAAAAGAUGUCUUUAAAUUAUAUCGUGGCUCUUUUGAAUCAUGCAAACUCCCUCACGUUCAAAAGGAAUGUUGGAGCAUGACAUGGAGGAAAAAGACAUUAUGACAAGGCAGAUAUUGAGGAACGGUGAUAAGCCAAGUGGCAUCAUUCUAGGAGUAAUUAUUUUACGAAGGUUGACUGGAUCUAAAUCACGACUCUGAAGUCCCUUUAGUGGGGACUGGCUGGCAAGGCAGAGCAUUUAGUCGGUUAUUCUGGCUGAAACCUUACCUGGUCUGAGUUAACCCUGAUGAAGCCACGUUUCUUUUCUUAUAUACUUAACAAACUUUACCAACUCUAUUGCUUAAAACCUACUUGACCAGGCACUUAAUUAGUUGCUUUUUCUUGGGUAAAUGGCUGGGUCGCCGGUCAUGGUGAAGUUUUAAAUUCAAGCUCAGACAGUUCAGGAAUCUCUAUCCUUGUUCAGUACUCGGUACUUCCUCAUCAUGAUCCAUGCGUUAUCAAGAAUCAGAAUUGCGGUUAUGUUGGAUUAAUUCUGGGGUUGGAUUAAGGUUCAAGCAGGAUGUGAGGGAUACUUCAUUCCUGUCUAGCAGUUUUAGCAAUCUCUUUUUGUAAUGUAUGAUUAGUCAUGAAUUCUUUUUGUAAUUCAUGGGGACUAAAGCUCACGCCACUGCCAUAGUAGAGUUUCUUUGGGAAUGCUUGACUUGACCAUGAUCAUCGCUUUAUUAUUAUCUACUGAAAUAUUAGUCAAUGCUGCCGGAAAAUUCCUUAUUAGAGUCAGAGAUACAGUUUUGUACACGUAGCAUUCAGAUGGAAACCAUUCAUGGUAUCUGUUAUUUCGAAAUUAGAUGAGACGAUCAUUAUGAAAAAGAACACAUUUGGGAGACAUUAGGAUAUUCUAGCUGUUCACCGGAUGCAUUUUGUUUUUGUGGGGACUUUUUUGUGGAGAACAACCAGACAUCGUAGAUCAACUAUUGCUAGAACUAUGUUUUGAAAUAAUUAGUUUUUUUUAUAAAUCAGAUGCUGAUACACCCGUGAUUUUUUGAUCUAAUAUCUGCAAUCCAAUCCCAGACCCUAUACCUGUGACAGACUAGCAAUCAUGCCUCUCUCUCUCUCUCACACACACACACAAUCGAUCAAUCAAUUAACAUUUUCUUCUUCCAGGCGUCUUUUUGUUCUCUGUAGAAUAACGUGCAUCGCCAUCCUCUUCCUCUUGUCCUGCAGCAUGCUGCGUUCUACGCUGAGAAACUAGGGUUCAGCAUCACCGACUCAGUCCAGGGGGCCCUGGACGAUUCGGGCUUCAGCAACCAGACCAGCCUCGACGUCAUCAUCAUGUCCACCAGCAGCUCUGUUCUGAAAAAUCUGAGGCAGGAGACCAAGUACAGACUCAUGUACAUGAUUGACGAAUCCAUCGGUGACGCCCUCGGUACAUCGAUCGAAGACAUUGCAGGCUUUGCCCACUCCGUGGCCGUACACAAGGAGUCAGUGUACCCUAAAAGUGCAGCCUUCAUCCUUGGAAGAACCGGGAUUGUGAAGAAGCUUCAGGCAGCGAACCUGUCUGUGUAUGCCUAUCUGUUCAUGAACGAGUUCGUCUCUCAACCUUGGGACUUCUACUCUGAUCCCACCAUAGAGAUCAACACCUACUUCCAGGACGCUCAGAUCAAUGGGCUCAUAACAGACUUCCCAAGAACCGCCGUUGCAUACCGAAGUAUGCUUCGUUCCACCAUUUUUCUUCUAUUUACUCUCUUGUUAUCGAUAACUGAUUAGGGCAAUUUUGAAUUAUCCUACCCAGAUCGUUAGAUUUUUGUGAUUUUAUUACCUCUGUUAUUUUUCUGUUAUGUUCUGAUUACAGCUUGUUACCUUUCUAUUAUGAGUUUUAUGAUUUGAUUGCAGCGGUAUGUUACUUUUCAUCAUCAUCACCAUUAUCUCUUUUAUGAUUUUUCAAUUCCUUGUCUUUUCAUGCAUAACCGGGUACAGUAAUUAAGAAUUAUCUUUGCCUGAAUCAGUGGAUUUUUACCGUUUUAUUAUCAGUUCUUAUUUUUCUAUUAUAAUUUUUAUUUUCUUGAUCAGAUUUCUUAUCAUCAUCAUUAUCUUUGAAUUAUGGUGCAGGAAACCUUUGCUUGAAUCUAGGCAAGGACAUGCCCCAAUACAUGCUUCCUGUGCAGCCUGCGGGCUUACUCCAAUUGCUUCCUCAAGAUGCUUUGCCACCGGCGGUGCCACCAAGUCCAGUUCUAACGGAGGCUGACAUCGUAGAGCCGCCACUGCCUCCUGCCUCGCCAAACGCCACCAUAUCACCGCUGGACACCAGCUCACCACCGCCCACUCAGCCACCGAGUGCGCAGGCAUGGCGCCUAUCAGCUUCCCUUCCUCUCUUCUUUGUGAUGAUCGCUGCAUCUCUUUCAGUCAUCUGA